UUCCCCCCUCCACCUGCGAUCCCCAGUGUUCGGCGAAGAGGUCUCUGCGGCGGGAAAUUCGUUCAGGCGACUGCUAUGGCCACCCAUUUCCUCUUUGAGCCUUGGCCCUUGCCAGGUCCUCGGGGGCUUGGGAGUGUCAUUGGUGGAUGACCGCAGCUCUUGCUGCUGCCGCUGUCACCGCGAUCAUGGCAUCUGGCAGCAGCGGCCUGGCAGCCGCCCGCCUCCUAUCGCGCUCCUUCCUCCUGCAACAGAAUGGAAUUCGGCAUUGUUCCUAUAUAGCGUCCCGGAAACAUCUCUAUGUUGAUAAAAAUACGAAGGUUAUUUGCCAGGGUUUCACUGGUAAACAGGGCACCUUUCAUAGCCAGCAGGCAUUGGAUUAUGGCACCCAGCUGGUUGGAGGAACCACUCCAGGGAAAGGAGGCCAGACACAUCUGGGCUUACCAGUCUUUAAUACUGUGAAGGAGGCCAAAGAAGAGACAGGAGCGACAGCUUCUGUCAUUUAUGUUCCUCCUCCUUUCGCUGCUGCUGCCAUCAAUGAAGCCGUCGAGGCGGAAGUGCCCUUGGUCGUGUGCAUUACUGAAGGUAUCCCACAGCAGGACAUGGUACGGGUCAAGCACAAACUGCUGCGCCAGGGAAAGACGAGGCUGAUUGGGCCUAACUGCCCUGGAAUCAUCAAUCCUGGAGAAUGCAAAAUCGGCAUUAUGCCUGGCCAUAUUCACAAGAAAGGAAGAAUUGGUAUUGUGUCCAGAUCUGGCACCCUGACUUACGAAGCGGUUCAUCAAACGACACAAGUUGGAUUGGGGCAGUCUUUGUGCGUUGGCAUUGGAGGUGAUCCUUUUAAUGGCACAGAUUUUAUUGACUGCCUUGAAAUCUUUCUGAAUGAUCCAGCCACAGAAGGCAUCAUAUUGAUUGGUGAAAUUGGUGGUAAUGCAGAAGAAAAUGCUGCAGAAUUUUUGAAGCAACAUAAUUCAGGUCCCAAGGCCAAGCCUGUGGUGUCCUUCAUCGCUGGUUUAACUGCUCCUCCUGGCAGGAGAAUGGGUCACGCAGGGGCGAUUAUUGCUGGAGGAAAAGGUGGAGCCAAAGAGAAGAUCUCGGCCCUGCAGAGUGCGGGAGUUGUCGUCAGCAUGUCUCCUGCCCAGCUGGGAACCACCAUCUACAAGGAAUUCGAAAAGAGGAAGAUGCUAUGAAAGAGAAAAGAAGUUCCCUAAACCUGUGGCGUGAUUAUGGAAAUGUGCGGCAGCAGCGAUUUGCUUCUCUUGUCCCUCACUGUCAGCCUGUGUACCUGUCGCUGCUUUGUCAGUAGCACGAAGUCAAAACAAGGUUCAGAAUGUCCAAUAUCGGGAUGUCUCCACCUCAUCGUGUAACACAGAGCCAGUAAACCUACCAUUUGAUUUGAA